GAGUCCUCAGGUGGCUCAAGCGAGUAAGCAGGAGCGACGAUACGGACCCGUGAAGACGCAGCAGCGGACCACACCUCACCUGACCUCUGCUACAAAAACCUGUCCUCUGAAAUAAAACCAGCUUAUGGUCCGUUACUUCAUCGCUAUAGUUUUCAAAAUGUGAUAUCAGCGUUACAGCGUCUUACAUCUAUAGACGACCGCGUGUUUUGUUUUGCCUACAAAGAAGAUAACCCCACAUAUAGGUUGUAGCGUUGACGUCUUAAAACUCAGCAGCAGCAUGCCGUCGUGGGGGGCCCUGCUGGCCCAGCUGAGCGGGGUCAACCGCUACUCCACCAGCUUGGGGAAGGUGUGGCUGUCGGUGCUCUUCAUCUUCAGGGUGAUGGUGCUGAUCGUGGCGGCCGAGAGCGUGUGGGGAGACGAGCAGACAGACUUCACCUGUAACACCCUGCAGCCGGGCUGUGAGAACGUCUGCUACGACCACUUCUUCCCCGUCUCCCACAUCAGACUCUGGUGUCUCCAGCUGGUCUUCGUCUCCACGCCCACCCUCCUCGUCGCCAUGCACGUGGCCUACCGUAACCACGGCGACAAAAAGAGACUCCUACAGGCGUCUGAGCGGGCUGGUCUCUUUGGCACCCGUGGUUCCGAGGCCGAGGAGGCAGAGCUAGAGAACCUGAAGAGGCGGAGACUCCAGCUGACUGGCGCCCUCUGGUGGACGUACGCCUGCAGCCUUGUGGUCCGGCUGCUGUUUGAAGCGGGCUUCAUGUACGUCCUGUACGCGCUCUACCGCGGCUUCCAGAUGCCGCGGCUGGUGCAGUGCGUGGAGUGGCCCUGCCCCAACGUGGUGGACUGCUUCGUGUCGCGGCCCACCGAGAAGACGGUGUUCACCGUGUUCAUGGCGUCCGCCUCCAGCGUCUGCAUGCUCCUCAACGUGGCCGAGCUGGCCUACCUGGUCGUCAAGGCCGUCACUAGGAAGUCUUGAGAGAGACGCUUCCUGACUCCGCCUACUCCUCUCAGGGGCCCUCGCUAUAUAAAAGGGCCCCUUGGAACGAGUAGGGCCCCCAUUGCUGAGCUCCACUUCGGGGGCAGGAUGGAGUUGGACUUCAUUGAUUAAUGGAUUGAUUGAUUGAUUGAUUGAUUGAUUGAUUGAUUGAUUGAUUGAUUGAUUGAUUGAUUGAUUGAUUGAUUGAUUGAUUGAUUGAUCGAUUGAUUGAUUGGUUGUCCUCUUACUUUGCUUGAGCCACUGAUCCUCUCUCUGCAUAUCAUAGUGGUCAGCGGCUUUUAAAAAUGUAGCUCUAAUAUCAGGCUAGAUACAAUGUUUGUACAGAUUCAUGUUCAGUAGUCUCUGUGAUGUGUCCUCCAUCUGGAUUUGAAAGCUCUCGUUUAACUGUUGUUUUUUUCUAAUCAAAUCUCAGCUAAUCAAAUGUGACACUUUCCACUGUAAAAAAAAUACACUUCUGUUUGGUUUUUA